CGACCGGCUCGACGAAGCCGCCGCGCUUUCCCCGUCUACGACAACAUAUGUCGCUUCGCCGCGCCGGUCGGCCAUUCACCGCCUACGUCGUCCAAGGCAGAAAAUAACGCGCGCGCACCCGCAAACACGCACCGACGUACUCACGCACCCGCAGACACCGACACCCGUAACGCGCUCGUCAACACGUCGGGUCAACGUUUUUCGCGUUUUGUUUAUCUCUCCGAUAUAUUUUAAUAUACCUAUUCUACAUAAUUAUAUUAUAUUUUAUUAUUACUACUAUUAUUAUUAUUAUUAUGUGUUUCUGUCGUUUCUGACACGGUUUUUAUCACCGCAGUGUAGACGAGACACGUCCGAGUCCAACGUCGUCACAGUCGCGCGCGCCCCCGACGGAUUUGGAUAUCACGUUAUCGCGCGUCGUCCAUUAUUCAAGUUCAAGUUCGUACAUGUUCUGGUGCACUGAGUGAAGUUUAGAACGACAAACGGUGAGGAUCAGUUCUGUUGUUGUCGAGCUCUGUGGAUCCCGUGACCACUGCACCGCCGUACGCGUUGUCAACGAUUCGAACCGUAAUAAGUGUGUAAUAAUGGCAGACCAACAGCAAUAUUUCCUGAAAUGGAACGAUUACCAGAGCAACAUGGUGUCGUCCUUUAAACACCUGAGGAACGAGAAAAGCUUCACGGACGUAACGCUUGCUUGCGAAGGACAGACGUGUAAGGCACACAAGAUGGUGUUAUCGGCCUGCAGCCCUUAUUUCAAAGCUUUGUUAGAGGAAAACCCAUCAAAACAUCCAAUCAUAAUACUUAAAGAUGUACCGUUCAGUCAUUUGCAGUCUAUACUGGAAUUUAUGUAUGCAGGAGAAGUUAAUAUAAGCCAGGAACAACUGCCAGCGUUUUUAAAAACAGCUGAUCGUUUGAAGGUCAAAGGUCUUGCAGAAGCUCCACAAACUAUUAAAAAAGAUUAGUAUCUACUCAACAUUGCUAAAUAUGUUUUUAAUUACUAUAAUCUUUAUUAGCAAGUUAAUGAAGAGCCCAAAUUUGCAUUAUUUUUCCUUUCCUUUUUUUAAUGAAUUAUUAUUUUAUUUGUAUUUACUUAUAUAAUACAUUUGUCUAUACAUUUUACAACAGUACAAUUAAAAGCCAAAAAUAAUAACAAAAAAAAAAUAAAUA